AGUUGAUCACGCCAAGAGAAAAGGAAAUCGCCCCUCUUCCGGACGGCUACGCUCCCAUUCUCAACUCCAGCGUAGCCUACAAGGUCUACAAUACGAACUUAGUAACCUGGAUGGAAGCGAAAGAACUAUGCGAGAAGGACGGUGCUCGUUUAGCACUGGCUGAUAACAGAGAAAUAUACGAGUACCUGAUAAAGGACAGUCCCUGGAUGCUACACGUGGGCAUUUAUUAUGCAUUCGAACAAUGGAUCAGUAUUCGUGAUGUUGUGCACCAAUGUGGAUACAUUAUUUACGCGGACUGUAAUAUAUUUGUGCAACGCCAAAUAAGACCGGCACCAUAGAAUAAGCAUAUGGAACACCUCUUGGAC